AUGGCGGAAGACGCAGCGCAACCGACUGUCGAGCCCGUCAGGAAACCACUGAACCUCAUUCCCGUGGGCCUGAAAGAAGCCGCACUCGACUCGCCGACAUUCCGAGCGACUGCCUUGCAUUUCGCUGACAACAUCGAGGCCGUGGAGCGAUGGCUGGACGGAUACGUGAAAGCUGCUUCGAAGCUGGUCGCCGAAGUCUCCUCACUCGAGACAGCGGUGAACUCCCUUCUGGGACAGUCCAUUCCUCCGGGGCAGAUCAGUGAGGCAGUCCUGGACCAUGACUAUACCCUGCUUGCUUUGCGGAGGUACGGAGAGGGGGCAAGGGAGUUCUGGCAGAGCACCCUACGAAACAUGAAGAGAUAUGACACCACCGUGGUGGAUCCGAUCAAGGCCUUCUUGAACAAUGACCUGCGGAGCUUCAAAGAGGCGCGGAGGACCAUGGACACUGCGCAGAAGAGUUUCGAUAGUGUCAUCAGCCGCUAUUCGUCCCAGAGCAAGACCAAAGAAGCUUCAUCUUUGCGGGAAGAUGCCUUCCAACUGCAUGAGACGAGGAAGGCAUAUCUCAAAGCGAGCAUGGACUUCUGCGUGCAAGCUCCUCAGCUGCGUGCCUCGUUGGACAAGCUCAUCGUGAGGAUCUUUGCCGAACAGUGGAAGGAGAUGCGCGCCGCGAGAGAUUCGUCUACCGCUAAUUUCGUUAAAUGGGGCGGCGAGAUGGAUCGCGUGCGAGGUUGGAGCAGGGAAAUGGAGAAUUCGGAGCGUGCAUUCAAGAGGGAACUGCUCACAGCGAGGCGCCAGAUCGAGGACAGUGCUCAAAAUAUGACAAGACCAUCCCGCGAGCUGGAGGACUACUCAACCUCCACUGUGCCGUUCCUGGGAGGCGGCACGGCUGCGAAGGAAGGUCAAGAGAAGGCGGAGAAGCAGGGAUGGCUGUUCCUCCGAAGCGUCACGGGAAAACCUGCCAGGACAGUCUGGUCGAGGAGGUGGUUUUUUGUGAAGAACGGUAUUUUUGGCUGGCUUGUGCAAGGAGCUCGGUCUGGGGGCGUGGAAGAGAGUGAAAAGAUUGGUGUUCUCCUCUGCAGUGUCCGACCUGCCUUUCAGGAAGAGCGCAGGUUCUGUUUCGAGGUCAAGACCAAGGACCAGAAUAUCAUUCUGCAGGGCGAGACGCAGCAAGAGCUUACAGAAUGGAUAAGUGCCUUCGAGGUCGCCAAGCGAAAAGCGCUGGAAGAUCCGGCAAGCACGGAAACGUCCUCCCAAGCGCCAGGAAUCGAUCCUGCUUUUGCCAUUAGUCCGCCCGUGGCUCCAGAAUUUGCAGCAAAGAUUACGGAGGGACACGUCCCGCAAGGAAGCGAAGGCGAUGGCGGUCUCAACCUUCCCGAUCGCGAGGGAACGGGUCUUGCAAACCGCGCCAGUCUCGAUGUGAACCAAGGCCGUCGCGUCAUGAGCCUGGAGAGAGAUGCCGAUGGCGCUCGUGAGGGAACGCGAGAUCGCAUUAUGCAAAAGCUCGAUCUUCACAAGCGCUCGAAUGCCCCCACGCAGAGCAGUCAAGCGCCAGCAGGCGGCAUCGCGAGUCUGAUAUCGGCUAGUCAUAACAUCUUGCCGGUUGGGCCCGGUUCACCUCCGCCGCUCGCUCCAGAUGGGCCCAGGCGGAACUUGAGUAUGCCUGUUAGUACUUUAGCGCCUUCCACACUGGCCGCACCACCUGCUGCAACGAACUUGAGCCACAUCGCCGUUGUCAUUAGCGGCGAGCGUGGUAUAGCUCUAGGUCGAGCAGAUGGCUCAAGCGUGCCAUCUGGAAUCCUCGGAAAUAUCUGGGGAAGCAGUAACUGGGGAUAUGUCAAUCGUCUUGGCGAGGUGCCACAGCCUCAGAAGCCCACUCGGCCUUCCCGGCCCUCUUCGCAGCAGAGCAGCGGUCCAGCAGUGCGCUCGGUGUCGAUCUCACAAGACGAUUCCAUCAUUAUGGACGGUAUGAACGAGCCGCCGAAAGAAGUUCUUGCGUCACAGCUCAGUACUUCUCCAAGUCAUCGUAAGAACAUGAGCAUUGGCGCGGACAAGCCACUGUCAGCACUGCAGCCAUCUAUUGUUGACGAGUAUCCCAAUUACUACCCCUUGCCUUUGAAGGCGCAAAAUGCGCAGUUCCGAAUGCUGUUUCCGAGUGUUCCCAAAGACGAGAAAGUGGUGCUAGUAUUCCGCGCGACCUGGAACCCGAACGAGCAACAGGAGUUCCCUGGUCGAGUAUACGUUACUACAAGAGAGAUAUACUUCUUCUCUAACCAUCUCGGUCUGGUAUUGAUUACAGGCGUCAGUCUCAGUUCUAUCAGCGAAGUGACAGCUGCGCCUGGUCGAGAUUGCGACUUCCUCUACCUGCAUCUAAAGGAGUCUCUCAGUCAGAGUGACCCGCGAAGGAUCACCGUCAAGGUCUUUUUGGAGCCACUACGGCUAUUACAAAGGCGACUCAACUUCCUGGUCUCUAACGCAGACACCGACGCGCCUGCGGGUCUUGAAGAGACGUUGAAAACUCUGAUCAAGAUGGAAGUCGAAGAGCCCAAACGUAGUUCCAGCGUCGAGAGCUGGGAGGAUAUCGCCUACGAUGCCGAUGAAGCCCGUGAUCAAGGGACGCCGGAGAAACAGCGAGGACGGAAUAUCAAAGCGAGCUUGCGAAUCGAUGGUAACCUCUACGGCGAGACCAUCAAAACUGGGAGAGAAAUACAGAAGUUCAAACUUCCCGCGCAGCCCAUUGUCUAUGCGCCACAAGGCAUGCAAGCGAGUGUCUCGCGAGAGUUCAACGUCAGCGCCAAGGCAUUGUUCCAUGUCAUGUUCGGUGACAAGAGCGCAGUGUUUCAAUUGCUCUAUGCCAACCGAUGGGCAGACAAGAUUGUCCAGACACCAUGGACGAAAUCGGACACGGGCCACUGGGCAAGGAAAUUCACUAGCCGAAAUGAGCAGACGCCCAUGGCCGACACACAAACCAUCGACAUUUUCAACGACCACCUCUGCUAUGUUGUUACGAAUGGGAAAUAUCCUUGGAGAUUGCCAUACAGCAAUUCCUUUUCCUUAACAACCAAAUUCGUCAUCACCCACUCAGCCAAGUCCCGAUGCAAGCUUGCAAUCUUUCAGAGCUUAAGUUGGACUAAAACGCCACCAUUCGCGUACGUUCAACGCCUGAUUGAGAAGCAAGCCUUCAAUUCUCUAGAGGCGGACGCUCUUGAUCUGACUACCGUUGCUAUGGACCAAGUGGCCAAGCUCGGGAACCAUAGCAAAACGAACAAAGCCGUUGAUAUCUUUGGAAGUAUCGGACAACAAACGCAAGCUGCGCAGAUAGACAGCAGUCAGGUUCCGAGCGACUCGAUGCCCAGCAUCGCCCAACCUCAUCAGAGCAUACCGUUGAGCAUUUGGCGUCUGGUCGUCAAUGAUCUCUUCGCACGACUCUUGGGAUCACUUGGAAUGACAUUCGAUGUCUUAGUUGCCGUUGGUAAGGGCAUUGUUGGAGUUUGCACGGCUCAUACUUUCCUAGUCGCCAUCUUAGCCAUUUCGGCGCUCUACAACGCUUGGCAUGGGUACAGAGAUGGUGUGGUCUGGUAUCAUGAUCGCUCUGCGGCCAAGUUCAUGAAGAGAAUCGGUGUCAAUCCCGAGCCCAGGCUCAGCAAAGCUGUCUACUUGAGUGAUAUCAACGACUUGGUCACGCCCUUCAACGAGACGAACAUGGUAGCGCCGUCGGAACGAACCGGGAAGACAUGUAGAACGACCUUUUCGGAGCAACUACUUUCUUCAUCGACUUCAGUCGCAGCUCCUAUUGGUCUCGGGACUCGUCUCCAUCGCUCGCGCGAUGCCUUGGCGCGCUAUCGGUACGAUCUCUUAGUCGCCCUCCGUGUGGUGAAUCGCGUCGAAAAGGACGUGGUCCUGGCGGAAUGGGAAGAAUGGACAUAUGCUGAGGAGAAGAGAUGUGCACGUAUUGAAAGCAUGCUUAGACAACGCACGCAGAAAAGCGGCGGAAGUAGCAAGACGGAGGCGGAGCUUGAUGCAGAACUUGGCGCUGACUUUGCGGAUUAUUGCGCAAGUUGCAGGACGGAAAGGGAGGCGAUCGGGAAUGGGCCGGUGAUGAAUCUGAUAUGA